UCAUCUUCCCCUGUUUCUUAGGGUUUGGUUGCUAUUCAAGCUUUCCAUAUUCCUCUCCAUCGAGACCUCCGAUCCAUUUCCUCAAUUUAAUCUGAAACCCAUCCCCAGAGAGAUUCAACCUUUUCCUUUCUUUCAUCAAAAAAAAAAAAAACAAAUUGUUAAGGGUUUUGCAUCCAAAUAAUGAAUAUAAUCUCGUCUCCGCUGAUCGUCUCCGCCGUCGUCAUCUUCGAGAUUGAGAAUCUUCGUGUCUUCGGUCCCGGAUUGAAUCCCUACUGCAUCGCCAAUCACUCUCGCUAAUUCUCUUUUCUUUUUGUUUUUCUUUCUUUCCUUCCUCAAUUGUUUUCAAUCCCUUUUCAAUUUGCAGUGAUUUCCCUACAAAUCAUGUAAAUCUUUAAGUCUCGAGUCUCGAGUCUUGAAUCUUGAAUCUUGAAGUGGGUAAUAGAAGAAGAGCUGGUGUUCAAAGACUGUAGUUUCUUGAAUCUUUAUUUUGUGGGUUUAAGUAUAACAGAAACUAUGCUGCAAGAGCAGGAGGGAGGGUCGCCCAGGCGGAGCUUGUCGAGGAGGCGUUCGUUCCGGUCUGGGGUGGGUAUGGAUGACAGGGGUUGGACUCUGCUGCAUAUCGGUUCUCGCAAGGGUGACCUGAAACAGGUGAGGCGACUUCUUGACGAGGGAAUGGAUGUGAAUGUAGUCGCUUGGGGUCCCAAAUCUAAAGGGAUUACCCCUCUUCAUCUCGCUGCUGAGGGUGGCCAUGUUGAGGUUAUGGAUGAGUUGCUUGAGCGUGGUGCUAACAUUGAUGCCAGAACCAAGGGUGCUUGCGGCUGGACUCCGCUUCACAAUGCAGCCAAAGAGAGGAGGAGGGAAGCGGUCAAAUUUCUAGUAGAGAAUGGGGCAUUCUUGCCAGAUGACAUGUAUGAUUGUAGGUUUAAUCCUCCACUCCAUUACUGCCCUGGUCUUGAGUGGGCUUAUGAGGAGAUGAAGCGUCUCCAGUUAGAAACAUCAUCUUCAGGGGACAGCUCUUACAGCUCUGAGAGCUAAAGGAUGCUGUUUCUGUCUCCAUACUGCAUUGUUUGUUGAUUGGUGUUCAUGCAUCUGCAUAACGAUAUACCUACGGAAAUAACAGGCGUCUGUAUCCAACAUCUCUUUUCUGUUGCUGCCAUCUGGCAUAAAGGAUGUGAUGGGUACUCUUAAAACUGUUAUAUGCUUCCAGUUUGGUGAUUAGUUUGGUGAUUGGUCAUGGUACAUCUGCAAAACAAUAUACCUAUAGAAAUAAGAGGCCUUUCUUUCACCAUCUCUUUUCUGCUGCUGCUUCUUGCAUAAAAGAUGUGAUGGGUACUUGUAAAAGCACUGUUAUAUGCUUCCAGUUGAAUUGUUGUUCGUGUGUAUCAUUGUAAUGACCAAAACUCAGUGUGAUCUAAACAUCUAAUUUUUAUGAGGAUUAUUUUUUAUUACAUCAGUA